CGCCCCGGCACCCCUCUCCUCCCCCGGCGGGCUCGGUGGAGCAUUGUACUCACAUCCGGGGCUGGGUUUUGCUUUAAUGCGAAACGUAAUUAACCCGGAAAAAAGAGCCGAGAGACAAGAGAGAAGGAGGGGUGGGGGGUGGGGGAGAGGAGCGAGAGGAGCGAGAGACACCGAGAGUUUGGCAGCGACAUAAAGAAAUCCCCCGAGAGCGACGGCCCUGCCGGCCGGAGAGGCGCGUCCCACCCCGAUGUAAGGCACCCUGCCCCUGCACGGCGGGCGGCGAAACUUCUCUGCAGGUUCUGGCGCUGGAGCACCGGCCCCGCCACGACUGCCGGGGCUGCGAGUAGGGCAGGAGAGCAGAGAACGUCCAGGGUGAUGUGAGCAGAGCCCAGGAAUGCCUUAUGUGGAUCGGCAGAACCGAAUCUGUGGGUUUCUGGACAUCGAGGAGAAUGAGAACAGCGGCAAGUUUCUGCGGAGGUACUUUAUUCUGGACACCCAGGCCAACUGCCUUCUCUGGUACAUGGACAACCCCCAGAACCUGGCAAUUGGGGCAGGAGCCGUUGGAUCUUUGCAGCUGACCUACAUCUCGAAGGUGAGCAUAGCUACCCCAAAGCAGAAACCAAAAACUCCGUUUUGCUUUGUCAUCAAUGCCCUCUCCCAGAGGUAUUUUCUUCAAGCCAAUGACCAGAAAGAUCUGAAGGACUGGGUUGAAGCCCUGAACCACGCCAGCAAAAUCACUGUACCCAAAGCUGGGAGCCUGCCCCUGACUACCGAAGUUCUCAAAAGUAUAGCAGUUCCUCCGGCCCUAGAGAAGAAGCCGCAGGUGGCCUACAAGACAGAGAUCAUCGGAGGGGUGGUGGUACACACACCCAUCAACCAGAACGGUGGGGAUGGGCAGGAAGGGAGUGAGCCGGGGUCCCACGCCCUCCUUCGAAGGUCUCAGAGUUACAUCCCCACGACAGGCGGCCGUGUUCCCACUGGGCCCCCUCUCAUUAAGAGCGGCUACUGCGUGAAGCAAGGGAAUGUGCGGAAGAGCUGGAAACGUCGCUUCUUUGCACUUGAUGACUUUACCAUCUGCUACUUCAAGUGUGAGCAGGACCGAGAACCACUGCGCACUAUAUUUCUCAAGGACGUGCUCAAGACCCAUGAGUGUCUAGUCAAGUCUGGUGACCUCUUAAUGAGGGACAACCUGUUUGAAAUAAUAACAAGUUCCAGGACCUUCUACAUCCAGGCGGACAGUCCAGAAGACAUGCACAGCUGGAUUAAGGAGAUUGGGGCAGCUGUCCAGGCCCUCAAGUGCCAUCCCAGAGAAAUGUCCUUUUCUAGAUCCAUUUCUUUGACUCGCUCUGGAAGCUCCAGCCUCUCAGGUGGGCCCAACUCUGUGUUGUGCAGAGGGCGGCCACCUGUGGAAGAGAAAAAAACCCUCUGCAAGGCCCCCUCCCUGGCCUCCUCCUGGCAACCCUGGACACCUGUCCCCCAGGCUGGGGAAAAGCUGCUUCCAGCUGAAGAGACUCCUGAGGACUCUUUCUUCACACCUCGACUUGGGGAGAGCAAUCCUGCUGGGGUGUUGCCCAGCUCCCGGAUAAGGCACCGAUCAGAGCCCCAGCACCCCAAGGAGAAACCAUUUAUGUUCAACCUUGAUGAUGAGAACAUACGGACCUCUGAUGUGUGAUGAGGCAUAGUGCCCUGGGAGGGAGUGGGUGGGGACUCACGGAAAAGAGGCCAUGACUCAGUUUCUUUACCUGUUGGAGGACAGUCAGAGGCCUUUAUGCCACUCGUGUUCCUGUGGAUGCUCUGUGGGAAGGGCCCAUCCAGCUGGCUUUUUUUUUUUUUUUUUAAUAUCAAUGCAGUAUAUUUAAUUUGGGAAGAUCACUAGGUUAGACCUGUAGGCAUGCCCAGUGGAGAGUGGGGUGCCUCUUGUUCAACUCUUCCAAGGUCUUCCUGGUGAGAAGAGUUUGGGAGUCCAGUUUCAUCCCUAACUGAGUUUUAGUUCCUUGUUCUUGUUUUAGUUUCUUCCCUUGUUUUCAGGCCAGGCACAGAAUCUUAGGCCAGUCAUCUGGUUUUAUCCUGAUCCUGUUGGCUGAUGUUUGACUGUGAAUAGGAGGCUGGUAACCAACCCAGCUGAAGGGAGAGAGGGGUGGUGGAUGACCCAGGCUCCAGUUUGCCUGGGAUACAUUCUAAGGAGAGGUGUUAAAAUCUGGGGCUGGUGAUGGCCCUCAGAAUGUCUGCCAGUUCUGAUCCCCCCGGGACCUCCAUAGGGGAAGAAACAGGGACCUCCUGUAAGGUGUGGGGAAUGAUUCAGCCCAAUGCAUCAGCCAAUUUUGGGAAUCACUCUUUCCUCUUUUAGAUGUUCCUUGACCCCAAAUACUGUCAGUGUGAGUGACAGACCUGCCCACCUGGUUUCUGUGUCAGGCCCCAGGAUGGGUUUAUCAGUGUUAGAUGUUAUGACUGUUGAGAACAGAACGUUCAUUUGCCUUGAUGUGGCGUUACUUGGAACGUGUGGAAGGGUGAUAAAUGUAUGAUAAUUCACUUGUGUGAUAGAUCAGAUCUCUGUUGUAGAGUUUUAGAUUUGCGUUAAAGCAGGUGCUGGGAAAAGAUGGAUUGUAGUUCAUCCAGUUAAGCUUUUUGGAUCCGUGUUUUUCCAGCAGGAGAAAAGGUCUGUUUUAGCAAAGAUGGAUUAUCUUGAAUCCUUGCCUCACAGCUCUUUUUUAAUGGGCCAAUAUUAGUCUAAUUUUGAGUGCUAUGUUUUGUGUACUCUGCCAGAUUUGCUGUCUUUCUUUUCUUUGUGUUGCUCUUUGAAUGAAGCCUUGUGGACCUGCAUGAUCAAACCUUGUAAUCUGUGAGGUUCCAUGUACUUAACAGUGGAGAGAUACAAAGAUAAUCUUGAGAGAUAUUUAUAUUUUUAAUAGAAUAGAAACUGCAUAGAAGCAUUGAUUUAGAGGCUAUGCAAUUGUUGACUAGAGAUUUCCCAGGUAGAAGAGCAUAGAUUGCAUUUCCCACCCCAAUUUUAGGGUGUAGCUUAUUCCAUUUGAGAAGAAGAUACUAUUUCCAGGGCCCCUGGGAGAAUUUGUCUAUCCAACCAAUGCGGUGAACUGCUACCAGGAAUUUAACAGGGUUCCCUUAACUCAUUUCUGUCUAUAACUUUUAUCAGCUAGAUUGGUUAUAUCUUUAAGUUAAAAAUUAAUGACCAGAGGAAGAGACUAAGAGAUCCAUUUUCACUUCAGGAAAUCUCUUGUUCAAAUCUAAUGCAGAGGUGAAAACAUGUGAUCAGAAAAUCCUUAGUGGCUUGAAGGAAAUCUGAAGUUUCUCUCAGGCAGUGUCGUUUCCUUGAAGUCUUGUCACAUUGAGAACUUUCCCUGACUGCACUGCAUUGGAGCUGUCCACUUAAAUUGUUUGGCUUAGUGGUCCUGGUAUAAAAAAGGAAAUUGGAUCUCUACUGGAUCUCUCUCGCUCUCUAUUCCUCUUCUCUUUUCUGCAGACUCUUGUCUAUUUUUGUCCUCAUAAAUUCUUGUUUGGGGAAUUAUGUACUUGUGAGUGAUUGAGGUUACAACAUACUUCAAGUAGCCUGACUUCAAGCAGCCAUUCUAAAUUCUUAAAGCUCCCUGUCUCUGGUUUCAUCUUCACAUUUUCCUCAGGAAAAUUCCUUGGCUAGGUCAAAGAAAGUGCACAAGAAGGGAUAUUCAACUAAUGACAAUAAAUUAGGAACUUUGGAGAUCUCAUGAAACAUUCCCAAAGUCAUGGAAAGAUGUCAUCUUGUGGUGUUUAAAGUGUGAAAAUCCAUCCAUUUCUCUCUGUUUUUAAGAUAAACUCUCUGCUAGGUAACUACUGCUAAAUUACUUGGCCAUUAUAGUAGCUGAUAUGUUUCUUAUUCAGCAAGGCCUAUUUUGAGAAUAUGUUAAAUUAAACAUAAAUCCUGAUUGUAUUAUCAUGAUAGAGGGAAAACAAGCACUCUAGUUGGCAAAUACUUGAGAAUUCCCAAUUAGAACAUUGUUAAUGUAGUUCCAGCACCAGAUCAAUAUACCUAUCUUCAGUGAAGCCUAAAACCAUUCUCAUUCCCAAACCUUAUUUCAGAAUUCCUUUUGUGUCUGAAUUUCUUACCCUCUGGCCAACGUCACAUUACAGCCUUUUAAUGUCACUUACACAUGUGAGCCAAAGAUGGUGCAUAUAUGACCAAAGCAUUUGGUUUUAAAUGUAUGAAAUGGAAACAAAUGGAAAAAAUAGGGUGGGGAUGCAGUAUAGGCUAGUAGUUAAGUGCAUAGGCUCUUGGAUAAAUCGGAGUUAAAAAAAAAGAAAAAGGGUACUGCAUUUUCUUUGUGGAAUAAGAACCUUCUCUGGGUUGUGCUGUUUUCAUAAGCCUUUUAAAUUGAUCUUGACCCACUGUGUGAACAGUAUUUCAGGGCAUCUUCCCUAUAGCAGAACUAUUGGUCAUCCACCAUUCUUUUUGUGUGUGUGUGAGGAAGAUUCACCCUGAGCUAAUACCUGUUGCCAAUCCUUCUCUUGUUUUGCUUGAGAAAGAUUAGCCCUGAGCUAACAUCUGUGCCAGUCUUCCUCUACUUUGUAUGUGGGAUGCCUCCACAGCAUGACUGAUGAGUGGAGUAGGUCCACACCCCGGAUCCGAACCCUCGAACCUGGGCCACUGAAGACAUGGAACUUUAACCACUCGGCCCCGAGGCUGGCCCCUACCAUCCACUAUUCUUGAAAGCUUAAGGAUUUGCUCACUCAGAUUCAGUUGAUGGUUGGUAAACACAGUUUGGCCUUUUGCAUUCUAUGAGACAUCCUAAACAUACUAAAGUGUACAUGGAGUAGAGUGACCUCAGGUCAAAGUAUUGGAGUUACCCAUCUAUUUUUGAGUAGGAUGCUGAGCUCCCAUGAGAAAGAGUAGAUUUAGGGUCCUGCUUCAUAGUUCGCUUGAAGCAAAAGAUUUUUUUUCCUUCCUGAAUAGAACUGUGCUCUGACAGGGGCUAAACGGUCUGAAAGAAUAAAUAGCAGGUUCAGUAGUCAAGCAGUGGGGUUUGGUAUGUUUUCACUAUUAACCAGAUCAGCAGGCAUAUAGAGAGGUAGCAGUAUUUUGGAAAAUGAGUUUCCCAAGUCAGCUUUGUCUAUAAACUUUGAACAUGUCAGAAAUGGUUUAUUAAAUCUUUUCUACCAACAUCACUGUUUCCCGUCAUUUCCUUUUUCUCUCCGUUAUUGCCUGCAGCAGUCAAUUACGGUCACUCAUGCUAGGUAGAGUUUGAAUAAAGGGAAUGUUUGGUAGAAAACAUAGACCCCUUCCCCGCUGCUUACGAAGGUGCGGCAUGACUCGUGUUUUGACCCGGCGUGUUUCAGCUGUGAAGUGCACUCACUGUAAGCGCUGGGCUGAGUGCAUGGAAACUGUUACGCUUCUCAUUUUAUGUGAUCUCCUAAUUGGUCUGUAGCAAAAAAUAAUUUUCUAAAACUGUUUUGUUGCUUGUUUUGUAAUAAAACCAUGUGAAAUACUGAAA